UGUAUGAAAAUAAUGCCGUACACCGCGGGUAAUACGAGCACGAUGCGGAGUCAUAUGCAGCACCACCACAGCUCGGUACUCAAAUCAGCUUCUGCACCUGUGAAGAAAACACUAACAGGCCAGACGACGCUGACAAAUGCAUUCGGACCUCAACUUCCACAGUCAAGCGCCAGAGCCACAACAAUAACAAGAGACAUAGGUGUUUUUAUCGCAGCAGAUAUGAGGUAAGACAAAACGCCCGAAGUAUUGAUACACUUGACAGCUGCGAUGUCAGAGAUGCUGAAGACCUUGUGAAGCUGCUGCAUCCUUUGAAGACAGCCACCACAGUGUUGUGUGAGGAGAGGAGUCCCACAGUGUCUCUCAUUGUGCCACUUAAGAGCAUGAUUGAACAGAACAUGACACCAAAUGAUGGAGAUUCCACCACUGUGGCCAACACAAAGACUGCAAUCCUCACGAAUAUUGCAAACAGAUACAGUGGGGAUGCCUUCAACUAUCUGCUGGAGUGCACGAUACUGGACCCAAGGUUCCGGACUCUACCUCAGCUAGACCAUGACCAGUGUGAGGCCGUCUUCCUGAGGGUACAGAACAAGGCAGAACAGUUGCUGCAAAAACAGACCACAGCUGAGGAGAGGGAAGAAGGGGCAGCAGGUGGAGCUCACUGUCCCACACAUGGUAGAGAGGAGGCUGUGAGAGAUGAUGAGCCCGAAGUGACAGAACCUACUCCCAAAAAGACAGCACUUGAGGACCUGUUAGGAAACUCUUUCUCUACUGAGCCAGAGAUGUCCAACAGUUCAAAACAGGCUGAGAGGGAAGUUGAAAACUACAGAAAAGAGGCCUCUAUCCCUCUCAGUGGCUGCCCUCUUAAGUGGUGGCAACAACACUGCUCCCAAUAUCCUUUGCUGUCUCACCUUGCCAAAGCGUGCCUUUCUGUCCCUGCUACCUCCGUUCCAAGUGAGCGCAUCUUUUCAACAGCAGGAGACAUAGUCAAUGCGCAAAGAUCCCAACUGCUGCCAGACAAUGUGGACAUGCUAAUAUUCUUAAAAAAGAACAUGGCUGUGUAGUUGCAGCAUGUUGUUACACUUGGUCAGGCUUUGUUUGCACUCUGUAUUGACAGUUAAUGAUUUGGUUUUGCACAUAAUAUUGUUUGCACUUUGAAAAGAAAAGGAGGAAAUAUUCAAUUUUAUUAUUUUUUUAUUAUUGUUUUAACUUUUAUAAAUUUUAGUUCUAGUUUCAAUUUGUGAAAGAAUAAGUUUAUUAACAGUUAAAAGAACAUGACUGUGUAGUUGCAGCAUGUUGUUACC